UACAGCAGCCCAAACAACCACUACCACUGCAGCAACAACAACCACGAUGGCGACAACAACUACAACCGCAGCCCCAACAAUGACAACCCACUGCAGCAUCCUCGACAACCACUACCACUGCAGCAACAACAACCAUGAUGGCGACUACAACUACAACCGCAGCCCCAACAAUGACGGCGACUACAACUACAACCACAGCCCAAACAACAACCACUGCAGCAACUGCAACUACUACAGCAGCUCGAACAACCACCACCACUGCAGCAAUUACUACAGCAGCCCCAACAACCAUGGCGGUGACUACAACUACAAGUGCAGCCCCAACAACAAACACUGUGGCAACUGCAACUACUACAGCAGGCUUGACAACCACAACCAUGGCGGCAACUCCAAACACCGCCACAAUUACAACUGCUACUGCAGGUCCAACAGUGACAAACACUGCAACAACAGCUAUGCCCACCACCACAGCCGCACCAACUGCUGCAACUGUAACAACUACAAAUGCUGUGACAGCAACAGAAACAAAUACAAUUGGAGCAACUACAGUAAUCAACCCUGCGCCUGUAACUGAAGCGAUCACAAAUAAGAAUUUGACUUUCAGAUCACUAAAUGCUACAUUUUCAUCUGACUUGUUGGAUCAAUCAUCUCCUGCAUAUAAAAGUCGUUCUUCUAGAAUAACAACACAGCUUACACCUGUGUUCAAACGAGGUUUCCCCUCUUUCGUUAAACUGAACGUGCUAGGAUUCAGAGAAGGAUCAGUCUUCAACAUUCUAAAUCUUCAGUUCUUAAGCUCAUCUGUUCCUAACAACACUCAACUUGCAAAGACUUUGAUAAGUGCAGCUCCAAACGUCACUGGCUUUGACAUUGAAAUCAGCUCCAUAACCAUUGAUGGCAUACCUAUAACUUCAAGUGGAAUAAACCAAAACAUCAGCCUCAUCACUGCAUUUUCCCUGGUGCUGUUGUCAAGGCUACUGUCAAGCCAGCAAUAGGAUUUGUGCCAGCUCCCUUUAGAACAGUCUUAGUUGCUGUAUUUUGUGCCAGUAAAAAUCCAAAACUAAUGUUUCUCCUCUUUUUUCUGCAUUACUGUCUCCUUUAUUUAUUCCCUUCGCACUGCUUAUCUAUCACUUUUCUAACUUCCUUUAACAGACAGUGUGUGGUAUCUAUGAUCUGACAUUGUCAGCAUUUUGUCUGUGAUGCCUCAGUGUCAAAUCAAAAAAAAAAAAAGUGCACUGAUCAGACACUUGAAUGGACUUUGAGCUCUUGGUGAACCAAAUCAUUAACAAAUAACAUGAAUCUGAUACUGCCAUUGAAAGACUGGGAUUUCUACAAAUAUUUUUACUGCUGCUCAAUUAAUCUUUAUGUAUUGAGCACAAAUUUAAAUACCUUCUUGUACAAUUUUGUAUAAUAUAUUUUUCAAUGCAUAGACGUAAAGUGCUAGUUUAUUCCUACUCAAAUGGAUGUGAGAUUAAUGAUAAUGUUCAAGCUGCACAGACAGUAUACUGUAAAAGGGGAAAGCUGCCUUAAAUAAAUAUGUACUGUAUAUAAUGUCAUAAUGGGCAUAAGUAGCUUUAUAGUCCAACCCCAUAGAGAUCUGUCAGAGGUCAAGAUGUACAUGAUAUAUGUAAUGUUUGUAAUUAUUUUUAAUUUUUAAAAAUGUAUCAUGCAAAAGCUGCAUUCUGUGAGAUGUUCUGCAGUUUUUACUGUUCAUGUCAGAACAGUUACAGUGAUCAGAUUAGAAAAACCUUGCAGUUAAAAAUCAAAUAGUGUCUUUUGUGAUGCUUUGUUGUUAGAAAAGAUUAUGUGGCUAUUGUGGGUUUUCACGGUGGGCUUGAACACAUUUAAAAUAAGCUUGUGCUGGGAAACGCUACUUUUAUUUG